AUGAAGAGCAUGUUCUGGCAGUUGCGUACAUAUGUGGAUGUAAAGACAUAUGGUCCAAUGAUAAAGACCAUGUGUAAUUACAAAAUACACAAAGAAGCUUAUCUGAAAGAUAUACGUAACAAAUUGUUAUGUAUGGAAGUGGCGACAAUAUUUUAUUAUAUGGAGGGAUUGAAUAAAACAGGAACCGCACAGAGUAGUAUGCAUCAAGGAGCAGGCGAGCUGUGGAACUACCUAAGAUGCAUCAUAGGCACCUGGACCCUCAUGAGGUUACAUGGCAACAAAUGUCACAUAACAGCAAUAACGACACAUGUUUCCACAUUAAUGCGUACGCUGGAGCAAAGCUUCCAUGCUCCAACUCAUAGACACAAAUGUGCUUGGGUUAAAUUUGAGGAACUAAAAAUUGGAACACGCCUUAUGGGGGCAGCCAUGGACGAAUGGAUAACCGAAUGGAAACGCAGAAGGCCUAAUAUAACUCAGGGCAAGAGAGCAGGCGGAUGUGAUCAGGUCGGAGGAGGGCGGAUGGGGGAAGCAAGUGCAGCAGGAGAUGGACCAAGCAACAACAUUGAUAUAUUGAAAAGUGAGAAUUUAGACACACUAAAAAGCUUGAUCGAGACGAAGGAGUAUCUACCGAAAGCUAGGGUACACAAAAUAAUUGAAGAUGUCAGGGCCAGUAAUGACCAGGAGACAGGUAGAAAAAUAAUAAAGGACGAAAUAGAGACAUGGGACCACGAAAGGACUAAAAUACCAUCCAAUGCAGCAGAGACAUCAUCACCACCAGCAGCUCCAUCGGGCGCGUCAGAACACGGUAAUACACGUAACGCAGGUGGCACCAGCAAGCCCGCCACGGCGCCUACUGAGCCGGCUGCAACACUACCAUCCGGGGAACCGCCAGGUAAGACCGCUUAG